GUUUUUCAGAUCCCCAACUAGUGAAUCGUCAGGGAUCAAAGAGGAACCAGAGGAGGGAAGAAGAAGAAGAAGAAGAACAGCUUAGUGUGGAACAGAUCUUUGAGAGCAAAGAGGUUCCUUCAUGGCAAGAACAGUUAACCCUAAGAGCUUUCAUGGUGGGAUUGGUUCUUUCAGUUUUGUUCAGUUUCAUUGUCAUGAAAUUGAACCUCACUACAGGUAUCAUUCCUUCCCUCAAUGUCUCUGCUGGACUUCUAGGGUUUUUCUUCGUCAAGACAUGGACGAAAUUUCUGGAGAAAACUGGUUGGCUCAGACAACCUUUUACAAGGCAAGAGAAUACCGUUAUCCAGACCUGCGUCGUUGCAAGCUCCGGCAUCUCUUUUAGCGGUGGUUUUGGGAGUUAUCUCUUUGGAAUGAGUGAGGUUAUAGCAAAGCAAUCAACAGAUUUUAAUGAUGCUCAAAAUGUUAAAAACCCACAAAUUGCAUGGAUGAUUGGGUUUCUCUUUGUUGUUAGUUUCAUUGGCCUCUUCUCUGUGGUUCCGCUUAGAAAGAUCAUGGUCAUUGACUUUAAACUAAUCUACCCAAGUGGCACUGCUACUGCACACCUUAUAAACAGUUUCCACACUCCUCAAGGAGCCAAAAUAGCUAAGAAACAAGUCAAGACUUUGGGCAAGUUCUUCAGCUUCAGUUUCUUGUGGGGUUUCUUUCAAUGGUUCUUCACUGCAGGAGAUAAUUGUGGAUUUGAAUCAUUUCCUACAUUUGGUCUCAAAGCUUUUCAGAACAGGUUUUACUUUGAUUUCUCUGCAACUUAUGUUGGGGUUGGGAUGAUCUGUCCACACAUCAUAAACGUAUCUGUGUUACUUGGAUCAAUUCUCUCAUGGGGUAUUAUGUGGCCUCUUAUAGGUGAUAAAGCAGGUGUUUGGUAUUCUGCAAGUCUUUCAUCUAGCAGUCUCCAUGGCUUACAAGGUUACAGGGUUUUCAUUUCAAUUGCCAUGAUACUAGGAGAUGGUUUAUACAACUUUGUGAAGGUGCUGAGUCGAACAUUCAUCGGCUUGUCUAGAGAAAUUCGUGACAAAAGAAAUGCAGUUCUCCCUGUUGCUGAUCGCAACUCGCCUGCAAGUACAGUCCCCUCUUAUGAUGAUGAACGACGAACCAAACUCUUCCUCAAAGAUCAAAUUCCACUCUGGCUUGCAGUAGGAGGCUAUGUUACUAUUGCUAUUAUCUCUAUUAUUACACUUCCACACAUCUUCCACCCUCUCAAGUGGUAUUACAUCUUGGUCCUCUACAUCUUUGCACCAAUUCUAGCUUUUUGUAAUGCAUAUGGGUGUGGUCUGACUGACUGGUCCCUAGCAUCCACAUAUGGAAAGCUUGCUAUAUUCAUAAUUGGUGCAUGGGCUGGGGCAUCACAUGGAGGGGUUCUUGCAGGUCUUGCAGCUUGUGGUGUCAUGAUGAACAUUGUUUCCACUGCAUCUGAUCUCUCACAGGACUUCAAAACAGGGUACCUGACCUUGGCUUCACCAAGGUCAAUGUUCAUAAGCCAAGUAAUUGGGACUGCAAUGGGUUGUGUUAUCUCCCCAUGUGUCUUCUGGAUCUUCUACAAGGCUUUCCCUGAUAUGGGUCAACAAGGGACACAAUACCCUGCCCCUAAUGCAGUUGUAUACAGAAGCAUGGCUAUGUUAGGUGUUGAGGGGUUCUCAUCUCUUCCUGACCAUUGCCUUCAACUUUGCUACGGGUUCUUCGCUAUAUCAAUUUUCAUAAAUGCAAUCAGAGAUUCUGUAGGAAAGAAAUGGGCUAAGUAUAUUCCACUCCCAAUGGCCAUGGCAAUACCCUUCUACCUUGGCUCUUACUUUGCCAUUGACAUGUUUGUUGGAACUGUGAUAAUAUUUGUGUGGCAGAAGUUAAACAAGGCCAAAGCAGAUACAUUUGGACCUGCAGUAGCUUCUGGUUUGAUCUGUGGUGAUGGGAUAUGGACUUUGCCCAGUUCAGUACUUGCUAUGGCUAAGGUGAAUCCACCCAUCUGCAUGAAGUUUCUGUCAAGGGCAACAAAUAUUAAAGUUGAUGCUUUCUUGAACCCUAGUUAAAUUGUAAGUCUCUGUU